AUGACCACCACAAAGGCUGACCGCGUCGCCCAAACCGUCCUUUCACAAUUCGACAAGCUCCCAUCCAAAUCCAAACCCAAGGUCAGAGAUAAUGGUCUCCACGAAUGGGUACCGCUGAGCGGCAUCGUCGCCGAGUGGCAAGGUGUUUACACCUGUCUAGCACUCGCUACUGGCAUGAAAUGCCUUCCAGCCUCCAAAAUCGCCGAGUCAAACGGCAUAGUCCUUCAUGACUGGCACGCCGAGAUCUUGGCCAUCCGCACAUUCAACCGAUAUCUGUUGGAUGAGUGCCGCAGCCUCGUGAUCCAUGGCACUGUCAGCAGCGUGGUUGAGAGAGCCCCGGGUUUAGAGUGUCCCUUUCGUAUAAGAGACGGCGUCAAGCUGCACAUGUACUGCUCCGAAGCUCCCUGCGGUGAUGCAAGCAUGGAGCUCACAAUGGCCGCCCAGGACGACGCAAGUCCCUGGGAUGCCUCUACAGACCCGCCCAGGACCGGCGGCGGCCUCGUCGGACGAGAAUUCUUCUCCCAGCUCGGCGUGGUCCGUCGGAAACCCGGCCGGCGUGAUGCCCCGCCGACGCUGUCCAAGUCGUGCUCUGACAAGCUGGCUCUGAAGCAGUGCACCUCCCUUUUAGGAAGCCUGACGUCGCUCCUCGUCGACCCGUCAAAUGCCUACAUCGGCACGCUCGUGGUUCCCUCCUCGCAGUACACGCACGUGGGUUACACCCGGUCAUUCUCGGCUGACGGUGAUGACGACAGUGGUGGUGGUGGUGGGCGCCUGAGUGCCCUCAAAGACGCGGAAUGGUCAUCGCCAGAAGAUAGCAGCAGCAGCAGCAGCAGCAGAUACAGCUUCAGACCGUUCAUCGUCGAGACUACGGAUCGCGAAUUCCGCUUUUCUAAGAGGAGAGUGAUGGAGCGCGCGUCCAGCAUGUCCAUCUCCGCGAGCAACCUAGCUGCCGCGUGGUCUGCCGCGGGCCUCCAGGAGGUGAUUCUCGGCGGGGUCCUCCAGGGGAGGAAGACGAGCGAUGUCAGGGGUGCGGCCAGGACGUCUAGGAGGCAAAUGUUCCUCGCCGCUAGAGAUCUGGCCGGGAGACUCGAAAAUGGCAGCAGGGCCGACGAUGCCCUCGGUACCAGGGUGUAUGCAGAGGUCAAGAGCCAUCGUCGGCUGGCUACUAGGCGGCGGGUGAAGCGGGAUGUGAAGCUGAUGGCUCUGACUGGGUGGGUUGAGAACCGGGGUGAUGACAACUUUUGCAUCGCAGAGGGGUGA